AUGAGACGUUCCAAUCACCGGAAGUACCCCAAGAGACGUCCCAAUCACUGGGAGUAUCCCAAGAGACGUCCCAAUCACUGGAAGUACCCUAAGAGACGUCCCAAUCAACGGAAGGACCCCAAGAGACGUCCCAAUCACUGGAAGUACCCUAAGAGACGUCCCAAUCACCGGAAGGACCCCAAGAGACGUCCCAAUCACUGGAAGUACCCCAAGAGACGUCCCAAUCACUGGAAGUACCCCAAGAGACGUCCCAAUCAUCGGAAGGACCCCAAGAGACGUCCCAAUCAUCGGAAGGACCCCAAGAGACGUCCCAAUCACCGGAAGUACCCCAAGAGACGUCCCAAUCACCGGAAGGACCCCAACAGAUAUUCCAGCUAA